UAGCUGCAGGUCGAGUGAGUCAUUUUCUGUGUUGUCAAAAACAUACCUAUUCCUGUCGAGAUUGCAUGAAAAUGUGCCCGGUGUCCUAAGGAUAUAUUUAGUCCACCGGAACUGUGCAACUACUUGUGUUUCGGAGGCGGCAUAUCGUGUUUCAAACGUUUUUCAGUUCCGUUUUUUACCUUACAGCGAGAUGGCCGAAUGGUUUCUGCUAGUUUUACCUGCGGCAAUGUAUAUGGUUCCACUGACAGAGACGAGAUCUAUCUACCCAAACACGAAUAAAGAAAAUAUAACAAAAUAUGAAUUACUACAGUAUUUGCUAAACGAGUCGAGGUAUGAUGCUAGUGUGCCACCAAAUUAUUACUCAGGAAAAGCAACAGACGUUUCAGUACAAAUUGAAAUUAACGAUUUGAGUUCUGAAAACGAACACAGUAUGGAGUUCGACAGUACGUUGUUUAUAAGACUGCAUUGGAGAGAUGUUCGCUUAGAUUACUCUGGUUUAGCAGAUUUUGACGUCCUUAAGGUCAGUGGGUCUUACAUCAGUAGAGUGUGGAUACCUGAUAUAUUCUUUGAUCAUGACCGGAGCGCAGAAUUUCUUGGUUUCAUAGCAAAGAAUGAAUUGAUAUAUAUUGGAAUGAAUGGAAGUAUACAGUUCAGCGGAAGAAUAACGAUGAAAACACGAUGCAACAUGGACUUGGAAUAUUAUCCAUAUGAUACACAUGUUUGCCAAAUAAUACUUCAAAGUUUCACUUACACAGAAGAUGACGUUAUGCUGAACUGGAAGAAGACAGAUCCAGUUCUGAUCCAAAGUGACCAUUUGGAAGAUGUUCCUUCCUGGAGAAACAGUACAAUUCACAUAGGAACAAUAGGAAAUUUUUCGUCACUUCGUACUGGAAUUCGACUACUGAGGAAAACGUCAUCGUUUAAUGUUCUUUACAUUGGUCCACCAAUAGUGCUUGUUGUAAUUGCAAUGCUUUCGUUUACCUUUGGUGAUAACAUAACCCCUCGGGUAGCAAUUUGUGGCGCUGCUAUGACAACCAUUAUAAUGCACUGGGCCGGAAUAUACAACAAACUUCAGCCAGCUUCAGCGCUGACAAUGCUUGAUGUGUGGAUGCUGGGAAAUCUUUGCUGCAUCGGAUUGAUCAUACUUGUGAAUUCAUGCAUUCAUCACUAUGAACACCCGACUGAAAAAAGAUUUAAGAAAUUAAUGAAACAAACCAUAUCCAAACAACUUCGUGAACAAAUAGACAGUGGCCAAGAUCCUACAUGGGAUAAUGUGAAGCCAUUAGGAAUUGACGGAUACAACCUUGAAGAUGGCAAUAAUUUCAGCUGGACAGUUGAUCCACGUUUCUACGCUGUGCCAGACGAUAAACUUCGUGAAAAAUAUUUUAUCGAGUAUAUAAAGUGUUUGAGGAAAGAAAAGGACAUAUUCUGGAAGAAAUGUUUUGAGCACUAUCCACGAAAACUCAAACACACGGUCUCAUCGGAUGUUAUUGCUUUCUUCAGUUUUGCCGCAUUCUAUAUCUGCUGUGUGUCCGGAUUUAUUUGUGUAAUUUGGGUAAAAGGAGAUAAAACAUAAAUGCAAAUGCAUAAUGUUGAAAAAUGUCGAUCUUCUUAAAACAAAACUUUAUAGAUUGUACUGGUAAUGAUGUUACUACAAAUGCCUAAAUAUUGGCUGAAACAUAUUCACGGAUAAACAUCAUUUACACAAAUGGAAAUUACAUGCUUUCGCAACUAAGGUGCUUAACGUAUAUGCAGAAUUAAACAUAACAGAUUGAAAAAGCAUAAUAAAAUGUAUCAGUGCAUUUCUGAAGUUGAUAAAAAGGCUCGUUACUGACAUUUUCAGUUCAUCUACAAGUUAAAAGAGGGAUCAAAAACGAAUCCGACACAUGUAACGUUUUCAUCACAAAUGAUCGUCCAAGACAGCAGAAUAUCAUAUCGGACCAUCGGUUGCUUGUUUGUGAAAUGUUAAAAUUGCAUGGUGAAACGUAUAUUUGAAAACUGGAAUGUU